GCACGCUCCCUUCCCUCUCUAUUCAUUCUCUGGUCGAUUCAUCUUCAUGUUUUUCAAGUUUAUAGUAGCCUAAUAGAUUAAUAUUUUUAUUCCGGCGCUGAUCGUUUGUAGUCUCUGUAAAUGAAAAUGGGCGAUAGUGGUGAUGAAUUUGACCAUCAACGUCGAGAAAAGUUCCGCAGGGAAAGGAGCGAUAUUUAUGAACGUCGCGGUGAAAGAGACUGGAGUCGUGAAAGGCCGAGGGGUUGGAAUGCCAGUGGACCAGAUAUGAAAAGAUCUACAAUGCACCCACCAAUGCCAAGUGAUCCAAUGCAGAGACGUAGACCUGAAUUUUCUGGGCAACCUCCUCAUGAUAUUAAGAGGAGAUUUAGCCCUGGCCGAGAAGAAGAAAUGAGAGCAAGAAAAAGAAUGAGAGGAUUUGAACCAGGAUAUGGUGGAGGUUGGAGUUCGACACCUGGUUGGGAACCGGGACGACCUGGCUUUCGACCUCCUGAUGAAUGGGGUCAAGGUGAUAGAAAAGGUCCGCAUUCCGAUGUAGAUAAAUUAGGUCAAAGAAUGUUGACUUUCAAGCAAUGGCUCGGUUCACAGCCUGAUGAUAUAACUGAUGAGGAAGCAAUAAGAAAUUAUACAGAAUAUAAAAUUAAUUUCAAAAGACAACAACUGCAACAGUUUUUCAUUGCACACAAGGAAGAGGAAUGGUUCAAAGAAAAAUAUCAUCCCGAGGAAUCAACUAAAAGAGAAGAGGAACACCAGAAAGCAGUCAAGUGGAGAGCUGAAAUUUUCAACACUUUGGUUGCAAAAGGUUUUCUGGAAGAUCUCUGUUUGGAUUUGUUGAACGAAGAAAAAAUUGUCAAAAUGUUGGAUUCUGCUGUUAUAUUUAUGGAGGACGGUUCUGAUGAAGAUUUGAAAGUUUUAGAACGAAGUGGGGAAGACAAUCAAGGUGAUGAAAAUAGUGGAUCUGCUGAUCAACAUAAAAAUGACGAGAAACCUGUUGAAGAUGGACAGAAGGGUGAUACUGAAAGUAAACCUGAAGAACUAAAGGUUGAUUUUCUAACAGAGGAACAACAAGAGUUGAAAAAACAAGCAGAACUUUAUAAGCAAUUGGUCAAUAAAGAUGAAGACCCCGCUGAAACAAAAGAAGGAGAAACCAAAAGCAAAGACAAGAAGAAAAAGAAGAGAGGACGUGGGUACAGAGGAUAUGAUGAAGAAGGAUCUGAUUCUGGUGAUAGUAGUGGAAGUAGUAGCAGUAGUGACAGUAGUGAUAAUGAAGAUGACAAAGAGAAAAAGGAGAAAACCGAGGAAAGUGAAAAGAAAGAAGAAGCAGACCAAGCUCCGGCGCCAGUGGAGGAAAAAAAGCCUGCUGAAGAGGUGGAAAUCAAGCCGAGAGCACUGCAUCAAACAUAUUCUAUCUUCAUGAGAAAUCUUCCUCCUAGUGUUACUCGUAACGAUAUCAUAAAUCUUUGCAAAAAGUUUACCGGAUUUAUUCGUGUUGCAUUUUCACAACCAUUGGAAGAUCAUAAUCGUUUCAUCCGUCGAUGUUGGGUGACGUUCGAUCGUAAUGUCAACAUUAAGGAUAUUUGUUGGAACUUGAAUAACAUAAGGCUUCGUGAACUUGAACUAAACCCUGUAGUAAACCGGGAUCUGGCUCGCCGUGUACGACCAAUAUCAGGAAUAUCACAACAUAAAUCAUGUGCUAAAGCUGACUUGAAAACUGUUGCUAGACUCAUUAUGCAUCUCGAUAAGAAGAUGAAAUUAUGGGAGAAUAAGGAAGAACAAAUUGAAGGUGAAGAAAAGGGAUCUAUGGCGACUGAUUCGUCAGGACUUGGCAAUCCAUGGUUAAUAAAUAUAUCUGAAUUUCUCGUUGAUGAAAGUAGUGCGGAGGAGGAUGAAUUAUUGGGAGAUGGAAACAUGAAGCAACAGCAACGUGAAGAAGGUGAAGCCAAUGAUUCUGGUCCAGGAUUUGUUACUUUGCAAAGAGAUGAAAAAUUAAUCAAGCAAUUGGACAAACUCUUGUACUACUUGAGAAUAGUUCACUCAGUGGAUUACUAUAACGCGAGUCAAUAUCCCAAUGAAGAUGAGAUGCCUAAUCGGUGUGGGAUUAUACAUGCUCGAGGUCCAACUCCACCCAACAAGCUAACAAUAGAUGAUAUUGCCGAGUUUCAGAAGAGAUUCAAUGAAAAAUUGAUUCCCAUUCUAGAUUUCAAAGAUAAAUUAACGCAAGAGGAAGCAGCCAAGCUUGGUUUCAAAGAUGAGGCUUCUGAAGUUGAAAAAUUUGUCAACGCAAAUACUCAAGAGCUGGGAAAAGAUAAAUGGUUAUGUCCAUUGAGUGGGAAGAAAUUCAAGGGCCCAGAUUAUGUACGAAAGCAUAUUUUCAACAAACAUGCUGAAAAGGUGGAUAGUGUGAAAAAUGAAGUUGCUUAUUACAACAAUUAUUUGAUGGACCCAUUCAGACCUGGGCCCCCAGAGGGGCAAAAAUUGCCCGCUACUUUUGGCCAUGGCCCAGGGGCACCACCGGCUGGUGGGUAUGGAGGAUAUGGUGCUCGUCCACCCAUGCAUGCUGACCCAGGUCGGCAGUUUUCCACGCCACAAUUUCAUCAUAGACCACCACCUGUGGCUUAUGGAAAUGGGAGAACUUAUCCACCAAAACAAAGAGACAUGCGACCAAGGGAGCCAUAUGCUGGUCGACCAAUCGUAGAAUACAGAGAUCUUGAUGCACCUGAUGACGCUGAUUUGUUUUAAAAACAUGUGAACGGGUUUCACCACUAAAUCUUGUAAACUUAGUAUGAAUGAUGGUGUACUUCCUGAAUCGUUUUGUAUGUUUCCAAUUGAAUUAGAAUAAAGAAAAAGGUUGUCUUGAUUGUACUGUA